AUGGCUAGCUUUCUGAAUAAGUGGAAGCCGGGCUCUGCGGCUACCGCCAGUCCUGGCAAAGAUGCGCAGAAAAAGAAGGAUGAGCCCAUUCCAGAUACCACUCCUUUAGAAAAGAUGCUCCAGAGUGCUGGGGCCCUUCGACAAGAUGGGAGCGACAAGUUCUUUGGCAUGGAAAAUUUUGGCAACACCUGCUAUUGCAACUCGAUCGUCCAAGCACUCUACUACACCGUCGCAUUCCGAGAACAAGUGCUAGAUUUCCCGCCGCUAUCACCAUCAGAUACCCCUAAUGGCAAUCGACCCAGGGUGAACGUCCAGAUAAGAGCACCAAACACAUAUGGCAGCGCACAGGCGGAUGCGGACAGCAAGAAGAGCCUCACCACGUCAGAAGCCCUCGCGAAGAGGAAACAGAUCAACUCGGGUCAAGCACCGCCGAAUCAACCCGUCCGUCCGGAAGAUAAACCCGACACGCCAGAAUACAAGAAGAAGCAAGCCAUGCUAAAAGGGCCCAUCUUGGAGCUGGCCCAGGAAAAUAACGACGCCUAUGAGAUGGACGAGUGCACGUUCACUGCAUUAAGAGACAUAUUCGUAACGUUGGUUGAGAGCAAUGUUCGCACAGGUGUUCUCAGUCCGCAACGAUUCUUGGAGAUCUUCAAGCGCGACAACGAGUUGUUUCGAACCUCGAUGCACCAGGACGCUCACGAGUUUUAUGGGCUGGUCUUAAACGAUGUUAUCUCCAACGUCGAGAACAGUGCCCAACGGCUGUUGAAUCGUGAGGUAGCCCGCACUGAUGACGCUCUCGCAGACUCGCUCAGAACUGCAUUAGGGGCGACGGCUAAGAGCACAGCAAAUGGGACAAACUCUCCAGGGACAGGCUGGGUUCAUGAUAUAUUUGAGGGUGUCUUAACAUCUGAAACGAAAUGCCUAACCUGCGAGACGGCUUCCCAACGAGAUGAGACGUUUUUGGAUUUGUCCAUCGAUUUAGAAGAACAUGCAUCGGUCACCUCUUGCCUCCGAAAGUUCUCGGCAGAAGAGAUGCUUUGUGAGAGGAACAAAUUCCACUGCGAUCAUUGCGGUGGGCUGCAAGAAGCGGAGAAGCGAAUGAAGAUCAAGCGGUUACCCAAGGUGUUGGCAUUGCACCUGAAGCGUUUCAAGUACACGGAAGACUUCAGUCGUUUACAAAAGCUCUUCCAUCGUGUGGUAUACCCCUAUCACCUGAGGAUGUUCAAUACGACCGAAGAUGCCGCCGACCCUGACCGGAUAUACGAGCUAUAUGCCGUUGUUAUUCAUAUCGGUGGUAACGCCUACCACGGGCACUACGUCUCAGUCAUCAAGACAGAGGAUCGGGGAUGGCUCUUGUUCGACGAUGAAAUGGUUGAGCCCGUCGACAAGCAUUACGUUCGCAACUUCUUCGGAGACAAACCCGGCAUGGCCUGCGCGUAUGUGUUGUUUUAUCAGGAGACAACCUUCGAAAAGGUACGGGCCGAGCAGGAUGAAGAGGGAUUGGAGGAAGUAAGGCUAGCAAGUGAAAAGGCAGGCGUUGCGCAAGAGAAUCGUCAACCGAACGGGAAUGUCUCUGGAAUAUCUAGACAGGUCACGCUACCAGGUCGGCCACCCGAUGAACCAGAAGGGUUUGUCAACCUGGAUCAUGCUGCGACAGCACCCGACAUGGUGGGCGAUCCAACGAAUCCUCUACCAGUAGCACCAAAUCAACUUGAUGGUGCGAUUCCCGCACCACGGCUGGGGUCGAACACUGUCAAGGCGGAGCCCAAGUCGAAGGAUGAGAAGAAAGAGGCAAAAGCCCAAGAAAAGGCACGCAAGUUGGCGGAGAAGGAAGAGCUCAAAGCUAAGGAGAAGCAACGAAAAGAGGCAGGGGCUCGGUUGCGUGAUGCCCGGAGGACAGAGCAAGAGGAUUUGAAGAAAGCCUUGGAGGCAAGCAAGCACGACAACAACAACAACAACAACAACAACAACAACAACAACAACAACAACAAUAACAAUAACGAUGACGAGGUCCAUCAAGAGGAAGAGGCGGAUGUUGUUCCGUCGCUCAGUCGAUCGCAUAGGGGCAGCAAAUCGAUGUCAAGAAGGAGCUUUGGGUUUCUCAGCAAGUCGAAGAGAGACAGCACCGAUGUUUUUGACGAUGGUCAGAAUGGUGAGAGCUCAUCCCACGCUCAGGAUAAGCCCGAACAGUUCAGACUCCGGAAGAGUCUCAGCUUUGGCAUUGGGCGCAAAAAGAGCCAAAAAGUUCUCUCGUGA